AUGCUCGCAAUGGCUCGGCCCGCAUACCAGUCCAUCCUCCAGCUAUCGCCUGACAAGCCCGCUCUUGUCUUCGUGCCAAGCCGUAAGCAAGUUCGCGCCACUGCCAUGGAUCUGCUUUCGGCAUGUGCCAUCGACAACGACGAUGAUCGUUUCUUGAAUGCCGACGUCGAACAACUUGCACCCCUCCUCGGGCGCAUUCACGAGCAGACUCUUGCCCAGUCGCUUUCUCACGGUAUUGGCUAUUACCACGAAGCUCUCAACGCCAGCGAUAAGCGCAUCGUCACUUAUCUCUUCCGCCUUGGUGCGAUUCAGGUCAUGCUGGCCUCCAGAGAUGUUUGUUGGGAAUUGGAUAUCACAGCCCACCUGGUCAUUGUUAUGAACACCCAGUUCUUUGACGGCCGUGAGCAUCGCUACAUCGAUUACCCCAUCAGCGAUAUCUUGCAGAUGUUCGGCAAGGCCUCCCGCCCUGGUCAAGACAAGGUCGGCCGUGGUGUACUCAUGGUACCCGCAGUCAAGCGUGACUACUACAAGAAGUUCUUGAACGAAGCUCUACCGGUGGAGAGUCACCUGCAGGUUUACCUGCACGAUGCCUUUGUGACCGAAGCCAGCACGAGGACUCUUACAUCGACUCAGGAUGCUGUCGAUUGGAUGACCUACACCUAUUUCUACCGUCGUCUUCUGGCCAACCCCAGUUUCUACGGUCUGAGUGACAUCAGCCACGAGGGUCUCAGCACAUUCCUGUCUGAGCUGGUAGAGAACACAUUGAAGGAGUUGUCCGAAGCGAAGAUCAUUGACCUCGACGAGGAAGACGACAGCGUCUCGCCUCUGAACCCGGCCAUGAUCGGUGCCUACUACAACAUCUCUUUCAUCACGAUGCAGACCUUCCUUCUGUCGCUUUCGUCGCGAACUAAGCUCAAGGGAAUCCUUGAAAUCGUCACGUCAGCGACCGAAUUCGAGUCUAUCCAGAUCCGCCGUCACGAGAGUCACAUCCUCCGCCGGGUGUACGAUCGCUGUCCGGUUAAGAUGGCCGAGGUUUCGUACGACUCGCCCCAUUUCAAGGCGUUCGUUCUUCUCCAAGCCCACUUCUCUCGCAUGCAACUCCCUCUUGAUCUUGCCAAGGACCAGGAAGACAUUGUUGGAAAGGUCCUCAACCUUCUCAGCGCCUGUGUUGACGUUCUAUCCUCCGAGGGUCAUCUCAACGCAAUGAACGCAAUGGAGCUAUCCCAGAUGGUGGUUCAAUCCAUGUGGGAUCGGGACAGCCCUCUGAAGCAGAUCCCUCACUUCUCCCCUGAGGUCAUCAAGGUGGCCAAUGAAUUCAAGAUUAACGAUAUCUUCGAGUUCAUGGAAGCUAUGGACCCUUCGGAGAACAAGAAUCAUGCUGCCUUGGUCAAGCGCCUUGGUCUUGACGCGACCCAAUUGAAGCAGGUCGCGUCCUUCACCAAUGACAAGUACCCGAACAUUGAGCUUGACUUCGAGGUUGAGGACCCCAAGAACAUCACCUCUGGCGACCCCUCGUAUCUCAAGGUCAAGAUUGAGCGAGAACUCGAGGAGGAUGAAGAGCCCGACACCACAGUCCACGCGCCCUUCUACCCCAACCAGAAGAUGGAGAACUGGUGGUUGGUUGUUGGCGAUGAGAAGACUAAGAGUCUGUUGGCUAUCAAGCGUGUCACCAUCGGUCGCAAGCUGGAGCUCCGCCUGGAGUACGUUGUUCCUACGCCUGGCGAGCACGAAUUGACGCUCUACUUGAUGAGCGACAGUUAUGUUGGUGUUGAUCAGGCCCCCACCUUCAGUGUGAACGCAGCAGAGGGUAUGGAGGAGGAUGAGACCCCUUCUCCAACUCCUCUCUUUACAUCUCAACCCCCCUCUCUGAAUACUCAUAUUCUCAACUGGACCCUUACAACAGCUCCUUGGAGCUCUUUAUCUUAUCUGACGAUCUCAUCUGCCAUGGCCAUUCGCUCCAUGAAGUUCACGCCCGAGAUCUUGCUCGGCGCCCCCAGGCGGUCCUCGGCCAUCCCCAAUGCAGCCGGCACCCUCGCCGUUUACACCCAGACCUCCUACUCGUUUGAGUCACACUCCAAGACCAAUGAGAUUCGUGUCAUUGAAAUUGAAUCCGGCCGCUCAGCCCUGAUCACCAAUGACCCGGGCGCCAGCAAUCCGCAAUGGGUAGAGGACAGCGACCAGCUUGUCUGGCUGAAGACCAAAGGCAAUGGAAACACCAGUUUCAUCAUUGGUGAUUCUCGCCAGGCCGAUAACACAUACACCGCUGGAACUGUUCCCGGUCCAGUCUCGGACCUUAAGGUCACUACCAUCGAGCCUGGAAAGGUUGGCUUCGCUGUGACGGGCAAGGCCAACACGGACGGGUCGCUGUACAACCCCCACGAUGCAAAGAAACCAUACACUACUGGUAAACUCUAUACAUCACUGUUUGUCCGCCACUGGGACUCGUAUGUUGAGCCCCAGAAGAACGCCAUCUGGUAUGGAUUGCUGGAGCAGGCGCCUCUUUCUCCAGCUCGCAGGCGUGCGGGGAAAUACUCCCUCUCCGGGCUGACGAACCUGAUCCAGGUCUCGGGACUGGCUGGUGUCGAGUCGCCCAUCCCUCCAUUUGGUGGUAGUGGUGAUUUUGACAUCAGCCCGUCGGCAAUUGUGUUCAUUGCCAAAGACCCUGCCCUUAAUCCCGCAACCCAUACCUCUUGCUCGUGCUACUAUGCUCCAAUGUUCUCUUGGACGAGUAUGAGUGAGCCGGAUGCGAAGAUCUGUAAAGUUACAGGUCUUCAGGGAGCGAUGUCAUCUCCAGUCCUGAACUCCGACGGUAGCUCCAUCGCGCUGCUGGCUAUGCGCGAGGACGGCUACGAGUCUGAUAAGAACCGUAUUCUGUACGUCCCUAACCCAUGGGAUGGAAACAUGAUCGAGAUUUUCGAGUCGGACAACGGAGAUGGUCUCUGGGAUCUUAGCCCCUCAUCGGUGGCAUUCGCACACGAUGAUAAGUCACUCUUGCUCCAUGUGGAAGAAGCAGGUCGUGGUGUUCUAUACCAGCUUCCUCUGGAGAACCCUGAGAAGGUCAAGCCUGAUUCUUUGAAGAGACUGACUCGCUCGGGAUACGUCAAUGACGCCGUUCCCGCAGCGGCCAACUCUCCCAAGCUCUUCGUGUCCAGCAGCAGCCUCGUCGACAACAGCCUAUGGACCAUCAUUGAUCCUUCCCAUCCGGAUGACGUCCAGAUGGUCUCAUCCAACGGUCGCGGUGGCAGUGCCUUUGGCCUCUCUUCGUCGCAGGUCGACGAGAUCUGGUUCAAGGGAGCUGAGGACCACCCGGUCCACGCUUGGGUUGUGAAGCCGUCUAAUUUCAAGCCGGGCGAGAAGUACCCGCUUGCCUACAUGAUCCACGGUGGUCCCCAGGGCGCGUGGAAUGAUCAGUGGAGUACUCGCUGGAACCCCGCUGUAUUCGCUGAGCAGGGCUACGUCGUGAUCACACCCAACCCAACGGGAAGUACCGGCUACGGCCAGCCCUUCACGGACGCAAUCAAAGGAGAAUGGGGCGGUAAGCCCUACGAAGAUCUCGUUCGAGGCUUUGACUACAUCGAGCAGCACCUCAACUACGUGGAUGUUACGCGCGCGGUGGCACUUGGUGCCUCUUAUGGUGGCUAUAUGAUGAACUGGAUCCAGGGCAACCUGCUUGGACGAAAGUUCAAGGCACUGGUCACUCAUGAUGGUGUAUUCAGCAUGACCGGUCAACUUGCCAGUGAAGAGCAGUACUUCCCUCUUCAUGAUCUGAAGGGUCCUAUCUGGAAGGUCCCCGAGAACUGGGCGAAGUGGGAUCCAUCACGAUUCACUGAACACUGGAGGACGCCUCAUCUGAUCAUCCACAAUGAGUUGGACUACCGCCUUACUAUUGCAGAGGGUCUGGCUGCGUUCAACGUGCUUCAGCUCCGAGGCAUCGACAGUGCGUUCUUGACGUUCCCAGAUGAGAACCACUGGGUCCUUAACCCUGAGAACUCCCUCUUGUGGCACCGUACCGUCUUGAACUGGAUCAACAAGUAUGUGGGUCUUCCCCCGGCCUUCGAGGAACCUGACUUGGCUGGGGAAGUGAAUAAUAUGUCGCUUUGA